UAAUUAUUUUUCCUUCGCCCUUUUGUGGUUGUCUGUUUAAGUCUUCUCUGUAUUCGUCUUAUUUUACAAAACUUACGUUAAUCAACAAUUAUUAUAUUUAUAUAUUCAGAAAGUAAUAUAUUGACUGUACCCCGUAAACUAUAUUUGGUAAUAAACGAUGCGUGCGCUUGCGUCUAUAGUUCGGUGCAAUUACACACGCUCUCUCGUAUAUGACAUAGCGUUUGUUGUACACAAAACUCGUUUAGUAGAUCGAACAACGCUAUUUGAGUAGCGUUAUUCGUUUAUCCUUCACUCGGGCCUAUCGAUUUUUAUAUAUAUUCACGUGAUUCAAUACCGGCUAUUUCGUAAUUAUAGAAUUGAAAAGAUGAAUUAAAAACUUCGUUUGAUUUUCGAAAAAUCAAUGUUGUUACCGACGAAUUCUUCUCCUAUAGGCUUUCAACAUGAACUUUAUCAAAGUGUAACCGAAAAAACGAAAUUUUUUGCUUCGAAAUGUGUAAACAAAAGUCCUUCUAAAGAAAAAAGUGGUGAGACUUUGAGGAGAAAUAGGUUUAGGUUUUGUGUGUGUACGGGGCCUAGGAAAAGUAAUAAGAAAACUACCAAGUGGUAUGUCAAGCAGCCCACAUGGCGAUUGUGGGGCGAAGAGAAAGCGGAUGGCGCCCUCUACACAGUUUACCUCAAGAAAGUACGUUACCAUCGACCUACAAGAAGCUUGUCAUCUUCGCAUUCAGACUCCGACGAUGAAAUAUCCCACUUAGAAUGGGAAACGGUUCGAGUACGUUUUGUUAAAGCCGGUACUUUGAAAAAAUUAGUCGAAGCUCUUUCUACCGAUGAUGGAGAACUCGAAACAACUUAUAUUAAUGUAUUUCUGGCAACUUACAGGAGUUUCUCUACACCAAAAGAAGUAUUGAAGCUUCUGUUGGAAAGGUACGCCGAAUUGGCCGGAACGCAAAACGGAAAACCGGAUCAACACGAACAACAUCGGAAAACUUUAAUUUCUGCUUUACACGUAUGGCUAGACAGUUACCCGGAAGAUUUCAAAGAUCCGCCAAAUCAUUCCGCCCUUCGUCAGCUGCUACAUUUCUGUGAAGAAUAUCUACCUUCCACUGAGCUGGAUGCCAAAGUACGACAUAGAAUAGAAAGAUAUACAAGAGAAGCUCAAGUGGACCCCCUUGUUGCUCCUCCUCCUCCUCCCGCGUUUGCUAUGCGAUCAGUAGCAGCUGGAUGGAGGGUUUACAAAUUACCAGAUGUACCUGUACGCCAUUUUGCGGAACAACUCACAAGGAUGGAUGUGGCUUUAUUCAAGAAGUUAGUACCUCAUCAAUGCCUGGGUGCUGUUUGGUCUCGAAGAGAUAAAAGUAGAUCCCACGAGGCUGCUACCGUCUUAGCUACAGUUAACCAAUUUAACGCGGUAUCGUUCCGAGUGAUAUCCUCGAUUCUAGUCGAUCCAAGUUUAAGAUUCAACGAGAGAGCAGCCGUUAUUUCCACGUGGAUAGACAUCGCGCAAGAAUUGAGGCUCAUCAAGAAUUUUUCCAGCUUGAAAUCAAUUAUUAGUGGGUUGCAAAGUAACCCCAUUUACAGGCUACAAAAAACUUGGCAAACUAUUCCAAAAGAAAAAAUUGAAUUGUUUGAUGAACUGGCACGGAUAUUCAGCGAAGACAACAAUCAAAUGACGCAAAGGGAAUUACUUAUGAGGGAAGGUACCGCCAAAUUUGCUGAUACUUUCGGUGAAAACGACAAACAUUUACAAAAAGUAUUCCAAAAACAAAACCAUCACGUAGCGAAUAUUUCUUUUGGAACUAUACCGUAUUUGGGUACAUUUUUGACGGAUCUCACCAUGAUCGAUACUGCCAUACCGGAUACCAUAUCUGAUGGAUUGAUUAAUUUCGACAAGAGGAGGAAGGAGUUCGAGGUGCUCGCUCAGAUCAAGUUACUGCAAGGUGCCGCAAAUGCUUACCAUUUUACGGAAGAUCCGGCAUUCGAUAGAUGGUUCGAUACCAUUCUAGUAUUGGAUGAUAGAGAAGCUUAUCAACUUAGUUGUCAAAUCGAACCUUCAAACAACGCCAAUAAUUCCAAAACUAAAAGACGUACAUCGGGACAUCAGAAAAACGAUUCUAUAGCUAGUACUUCGAGUAGUAAUAGCUCACAAUUUUAUUGCGAUAUCGACAGUACACCGAGUUCACCACAUAAUAGUUUGGAAAGAAAAUUGAGUCCGUCUCAGAUGUCGAACUCGAGCAGUAACUCCUCGUUACCUUCGCUGGAUGUGUCACUUAAUAGUUCGCAUUCAGGUAGCGCCAAUAAUAAACUUCAGGUACCUCCUAACCAUAAUAGUUCAGGAACAUUAAGCAACCAAUCACAGAAGAGUAAUCCGGAUUUUUACAUAAUAAAAGUUACAUACGAAACUGACAGUGUAGAAACGGAUGGCAUAGUCCUUUAUAAAAGUAUAAUGUUGAGUAACAAUGAAAGAACGCCUCAAGUGAUCAGAAACGCAAUGUACAAAUUAGGGUUGGAGGGAAAUCCGGAUCGAUACACGUUAGCUCAAGUUUUACCAGAAAAAGAAAUGGUUCUACCUCCAAAUUCCAAUGUGUACUAUGCGGUCAACACCCAGUACAAUUUGAAUUUCAUCCUACGUCCUAAAAAGUCCGAGGAAAAGGACACUACUCAAGGGAAAAACUCAAAAAGCAAAUAUAAGUUAUAAGAUUUUUAUAGUUCAAUGUAUUUGAUAUUCGAAAUAGUGAUUUUUUUUGGGAUAUUGUGAAUUUUAUUUGUAGUAUCUGUUUUUCAUGAAAUUUUUUUCUAAAAAUGGUGAACAUUACAAAAGACAAUUUGUCUAAAGGGUAUAAACAUUGUUUUAGAAACAAAAUUAAUAUUUAUUAGGGGUAUAAAUAGAAAUUCAUAUAAACGAAACAUCUUAAUCCCUCACAUACAUUUUUUAUUCUCAUAUAAAAAAUGUUUCCUAAAUUUAUUCUUCAUUUUGUAUGGAUUGUAAUAUGUUAUAAAGAUAUAGAUCAUUUUAUAAAAUAUUGUUUGUGAAAAACAGAUACAUUCAGGUUUCUAUUAUUAUUUUUUUCUUAUAUACUGACUGACUUAAAAAAAGUAAACACCCGUAAUUUUUAAAUACAUAUUGAGUACUUCUGAUCAUAUUUUCAACUUAACUCAAUAAUGUCUUUUAGGCUUAAGUUCGACUCAUAAAAUUAUCGAAAUCUUUUUGUAUUCGAAGCUGCCUCAAUUCCAUGAGAACGUACUCUUAAAUCUGCUAAGUUUGCUACAAAAUUCACAGCCUGUAAUUAUUUCCCUGGCCUUCUCAAUUGUAAAUUUCAAUUUCAAUAAAUUACAGGUCUGUAAAGUGGGGGCUACAAAAAAAUUGUGCACCCUGGUUGACAUGAUUCCAUCCCUUGUAGUGAUCUGAAACAAAAAAAUUUGAAAAUUCUUAAUCUGUAAAGAUGUCGCUAUCGCAUUGACCUUAGCCAAAAAAAAAUAACAAAAUGGCGUCGACAUGAAAUAUCAAUUUUUUUGCUUCUUUUUUUUACCUUUUCGAAUUUUUUGAAAAUACUCCAAACUGAAAUUUUUUAAAACCAAGGCAAACGCGAUUGAGAGAUAUCACACCUCCGCUGAAAUAGUGUCAUAAGUCGAAAAAUUUGAAAAUCUCUUUCAUUGUACUAUUGGUGCUAGAAAACUUGAAAAUCUUAUAAUCUGGAAUAAGUUACUAGUUAAUAUUGUGGUAACUUUGUAAGUUUUUGAAUCAUGUGUAAAGAGAAAAAUUAAUUUCAAAAACUUAUUACUCGAUAGUUUUUUUUUGACUUAUGACAAUAUUUAAGCGAUAUAAAAAAGAUUUUUACCAAAUUUCAAAGGAAUCGGUCGGGUACAACUUGAAAUAACACGGGUGUUAACUUUUUUUGUCAAUUAGUAUAAAUUUGUAUAUUUGUGAGCUGUUUAUGACAAAUAAAUCCAAGAAACAAAUAACAACUGUGAUAAAAGCACAAAAAUACUCUUUCUUCAUCACAAUUUUGUGGUAAUUUUUAGUCGAACUAAUAUAUUUUAACAAAUUAAAUUGGUUUUAAUAAAUAUUUAUUAUUUUGAAGCGGAAUAAAACGUGCUUUCAGCUUUUAUGUAAUAUUUGGAUUAUUUUAGACACGCCGAUUAACCCCUAAGUAUAUAUCAAAAUAAUUUACUGCAAAAGAAGUAGAUUAGAUGCAGUUUGACUGAUUAAUAAAUUUUCGGUCCACUUUGUGUCUUUAGAGGUAUCAUUAUCGAAAAUAAAUUACAGUUGGACUGAUGGAUAUCAGUGUUAUUGUAUUAAUAUAUUUACGGGUGUGAAUCUCAGCGUUUCAUUAAAAAUCCUGCUAAAUUUUUAUAUACAGUGUGUUUAAUACUACACUAACCGGCAUAUAAUUGAUCCACUCAAAAAAAUCAAAGAAAUUUGUUAGUUAAUCAAUUUACCGCCAUCAGGCUUGGGUAACCUCCAAGAAAGCAGCUGUGGAAUACUGUUUGUUUUCCUUUGCUACAUUUGUAACAACAUUUGAUGAAAUCGAUUUUUAAAUAACUAAUUUAAUAACUUUUGAGUAGAUGAAAUUAUUGACUUUUCGUUUGGUCCGAACAAAUAAGUAAGUAAAAAAUGGUGCCAUUUUUUAAAUAUAUUUUAACAAAAUUAUUAAACGCACUGUAAAUUGGAAGUAUUACUAUUAGAUUAUGUCACUAUGUAUAACAUAUUAUAGAUCUGGUGCGGUGUCUGUGGUUAAUAUAAAUUAUAUGCCGAUAUUUCAGUAAUUAAUCGAAAUUUUCCUUUUCAGUCGAUUGAUACUAAUAUCUCAAAAAAUAAUAUAUUAUUGACCUAUUUUGGGUAAAUUCAAUUAUAAUACUUAGCAUUGCAUUUUUGCUUUAACGUAAAACUUCCAGAAAAUUGCUUUACAGCUCAAAGUAUGUCGAGCUUUCUAGUUGUUUCUGCUCUAAUACUGAAAACUUAUAUAUUAGAUUAUCUUCGAAAGCUGGUUAAUCAUUUAGACACAUGAUAAAUUUCCUCGGUAUCAAGUCUAUUUUCUUGAUAAUUAACGUGUAAAGAUAUGAAAAAUAAUUGAAAGAAAAUGUUUAUAUAUAUAUAUAUAUAUAUAUAUAUAUAUAUAUAUAAAAUCUAUUACUUCUUAACCCUGUGGGGGGCGUGUAGUGCUAAUUGAACUUUUUAAUAAAUUUCUUAUAAAAAGUUUCCAGUCCUCUUUGUCUUGCACCAAAUUUUUGCCUCGACCCAUGAACUUCCCUUUUUUUUAAGAUUUUUCCUUGUCCCAUGUUGCUCGUGUUCUUCAUUUUUCCUGGAAUUUUACUUUCCCAAGUUUUCUUGACUGGCACAAUGCUAUCCAUUCUUUGUAGUGAGCCCCACUAUCCUAGUGUUUUUCUUUCUAUGACUUCUUGUGUGGGAUCAACCUUUAAAUCUUCUCUUUUAUGCGAGUUUAUAUUUUUUUUGCGAGCCUCUUAUUUAAUGGAUAGUAAACCUUGUUCGCCUUCUCUAUUCCAUUGUUUAAUUCUAAGUCCCGUUUAUUUGUUUCUUCCAACAUGAUUCUAGGUUUUGAAUGCCAUUAAACUCCUCAAACCUCACUUCAAUUUUUCUUUUUCUUUUUUCACUACCAUAACUCUGGUUUUCUUUUUGGUAAUUUUCAUUCCGUUUUGUAUUAAUAUUUGGUUCCAGUUGUUUGAAUUUUCUUGUAGAUCCUUCUGAUUUUCUGCUAUGAUUAUUAUAUAUAGAUUUGGUUUCCUUUUUUCGCUUCUAAUUAAUUCCUACAUAGUAAUAAUGGACUCAAACUGACUGUUAGUUGCAUUUCUUGUGUUAUGAUCAUCUCCGAUUGCAUGUUUCUACUUUUUAACUUACUUUUCGUUUCAUUCUGCUAACAUUUCUUAAUUGUUUCAUAUUUUCGUUCGUGGGAUUUUAUCGAAAGCUUUUUCCAAGCCUAAGACUGGUUUGGAUCUUGCCAUUAUCCUACAAAUGAUUUCUUUUAUAAUCAACAUAUGAUCUUCUGUUUUUAAGAAAUCCACUUUGCAUCUCUAUAAAAGAUUAUUCUAUUUUAGCUCACAGUCACUUUUCGAUUAUUUCUUAUUUUAAAAGAUGAUUUUUCCGACUUAAUUUCCUUUUUUGCUAGACAUACAACAGUCUGUUGAAAGUUUAGAAUCACAAAUUUGAUAUUAAAAACAUCAGACUUUGGUAGGUAACGGUUUUUGUUGUCUAUGUUAUGUUGUCUAUAAAUUGAAUAGGAAUGUUUGAAAUUCAUUUAAUAAGUAUUGUUAUAACGAGGAGUCUCGUUUUAACUCUCCCGCUUUCAUUUGAGUCCUGUGGGGUAUCAUUUUAUCAUGAAAAGUAGAUAUAACAUCUCACUAUUGAAAUAUUGGCAAUCUUGAAUGUAUAGAACAGUGAACGAUUAGCUUUAAACUAGAAUUGAGGUCGAUGUAUAGAAGUACUAUAGUAGUAGUAGUAAAGUACUGAUUAUAUAAAGUCAAUUUUAUCAUAUUAGGACUAUUUGUUUCCCAAGUGACCAAGUGUUUUGUGACACUUUUUUCUUAAGGAAAUAAAUUUUUGUAAAAAUUAUGUAACCCCUAUUGGUACUUAAAGUGUAAAUAUACUUUUGUAACAUUGCAAGAAGAUUUAUUUUUAUUGUAUUUUUCUAAUAAAACACCUUCAUAUUGGG